UAGCAUCCUUCUCAAGACUCAGAGCUUUGGUUUUAUUUUGGUCAUUGAUGAGGUGCACGAUUGGCUUUACAUGGACGGAAAAGAUGGUAACCAAUUUGGGGGAGGUUCCCAUCCGUUCCAAGAAGAAGUUUGAACAUGAUGGUCUAAACGGAUCCAAUGGAGGAAGAAGAAGAUGUAGAACAUUUUUAGGAUUUGAAAGAAGAAGACGAUAUUUGAUCAAUAAAGAAACAACAAAGAAGGGAAUAAUGUUGAUGUUGACCAAGACGGUAACAAACCCACAAGUAGAGAUGGUGCCUCUUCUUCAGACAGCGUUGAGGCUUUGGCGGUCAGGCAAUAUGAUGAAAGAUGAUUAUGGUUAUGAUGAUAAGGAGGAGCCAUGAUCGUACGCCUAGAGAGAUCCCAGUAGAAUCAACCGGUGAGAUUAACACUCUCUCCGAAGAAGCAGGUGGCGUGACAGCAGAAUUAGGAGUGGCUGCAAAUGAGACCUACUGCAUCAACCAAUCCGAUACUUGACCUCAAUGAGAAUGUUCAGAAGAGGGCACGCCGGGGAUAGCUCGACGUGUAGAAGACAAAUCCACACUCCCUUUGCUUUCCAACUAAUGUUUACCAGCACUUUCUACUUUUUUUUUCCAUUUAAAGUUGAUGCAGUUGCUGAUGUUCGAACUACUAAUGCAAAUUAUUUCAUUCGAUGUC